CACAAGCAUUAAAGAAGGUUAGAAUAAAAAUGGUAUUUUACUAGAUAUAAUGUCACAAAAUGUAAAGUAAUCUGUAAUUAUAAAUAUUUUCAGUUUGAAUGUAUUGAUUAAACGGUAUUAGAUUGGUAACUAGCAAGAUAAUGCCAACAGAAAACUUAUAUAUCAUAAGGCUCAAAAGAUUGUUACGAGGGACAGCUAAACUGCUGGCGGGACGGUCAGAUUGGAAAAGAUCGAGCCAUCUUGUGGAAAUGGCAGGAUCAUCAUUUAGAUUUGGACAGCACGUUCUCCAAUCAUCGUGUGUUUUCUUCAAAUCCAGGCUCAGUAUUGGGUUUGUCAACAGGAAGCCUGUUGUUCCUGGUCAUGUCCUGGUGUCCCCACUGAGAGUGGUGGAGAGAUUUGGAGAGCUGUCAUCAGAGGAGGUGGCCGAUCUUUUCAUGGCCACACAAACAAUCUCAGGGGUGGUAGAAAAACACUUUCAGAGCACUUCACUCACCAUUGCUAUACAGGACGGACCUGAAGCAGGGCAAACAGUAAAGCAUGUUCAUGUACACAUACUUCCCAGGAAAAGUGGCGACUUUCCACAAAACGAUGAGGUGUAUGAGGCGUUAGACAAGCAUGACAAGGAAGUGGGUGAAGAUGGAAAGUGGAGAACUGAAGAAGAAAUGGCAGCGGAGGCUUCAGUCUUGGCUAGAUACUUCAACUGUCAGGUGGACUCUAGUUAACAUUUACUCCUAUUUGUUCACGUUGUGUAGAACUGAACAUCACAGUUUUCUAUACGUCUAUUGUACAGUAUCUCAUGACAGGGUUGUUGGACAAAUUCGUUAUCCCAAUUGUCCAGGGCAAGUGAAAGUGCUGAACGGGCAAGCAUAUACUAGUAUCCUACACCACUUGUCCAAUUGCCCGGCAAGUAAGAUUUUUCCAUUGAGUAAGAUUUUGACGUACUUAUAAAUUCUAACAGUCAUGUCAUCAAGAAAAAGAGAGCUAGAAUAGUAGGUUGCCAUUACUUUACGUGAAAAUAAAUGAAAGAUGUUAUUGUUUCGGGUAAGUGAAAAGUUGGUUUGGUCAAGUAGGUUUGGUAUAUGUACUUGCCCAAAUUUUAAAAAACUUGUCCAAGCCUGGAAUCUCAGGUGGACCCACCUGUGGGGUAUUCUCCAGGGUAUACUAGAAUGCUCUUAUUGUACUUAGUAAAUGUUAAUGGUGAUCUCAUAAUAAGUACUUCUCAUUGUGUAACACUAGUGAUGAUAAGGUAACAUGCAUUAACACAGAAGCGUCUGUUGUGACUAAUACAUGUACACCAUCACUGUGAUUGUCUGUGAUUGUCAAUAGAACAUUGUACAAGACAUCCUGACUGUCCAUCGCAAUUUGCAGUUCAACCAUUGAGAGAAUGACAAUUAGGGGUUCGACCAGUGAGAGAGUGGCUGCAUAUAAGUGUUAAAGUUACAUUUUAAAGUAUUUCGCAGUUCUAUGUAUUGAUGGAGAUGGGCUAAGCCAUGGGAACGUCCUAAAUUGUAUUCAUAUAUGGGAGUCGCUAAACUUGACUUUAAUGAUAUAGUUAGUGAUAUCACUAAGGUCACUAAAUACAUCCUUGUGACCAGAAUUUUUGGAAAGGAAAUAUAUACUAGUAUGUGUGUUUUUAUAGCACAUUUCAGAGGAUGCAGUUUCCCGUGCUUGGGAAUUGCAUCAUUGAAAUGACUAGACAAUAUCUUACAUAGAUUAUGAUAAAGUUGCUCUCCUUCAGUUUGUGCAAAACCAGAAAUAAAUCUGACUUUGAUAAUGACCUCAUUAUACACAUGGUAUGUGUGAUGAGAGGACAUUGUGAAUAACAGUAGCUUCCUAACUUUAUCAAUGUCUACAUUGUUGUCAAGCAAUGUAAAUCUAAAGAAGGUUAGAGUUUAAGAAAAUAUAUGAAAGUUUUAACAGGCUGAUUUUGCCUUAUUUGCCUGGACCUCUGUUGGGGCUUGUUAUACAAUCAUGUACAUGUAAUAAACUGUUGUUGCACUGUA